UCUCCGAGAGCAGCAUUCACCAUACGCUGCUGCUUAAGGAUUGUCUGACCCUUGAAAGCAGGGGAUGUGAUAUCGAUGGCGUACAUGCUCCCACAACCACCCGAGACAUCUUGGACAAGUAGUUCAGUGGGUUGAAGCUUCUCGGAGAGUAUCUCGGCGAUGGCAGACUCGGCGGGGCUCAUGGAAGGCAGAUCGGGCUCUUCCUCAACGGCAGCGGAGAACCGAGUGGUAGAAGUCGAGAGAAGUCUUCGGGGCGUUGAUGUAGGUAUUUGUGUUGUAAUGCGGGUGAUGGUUGUAGGAGCGCGGACAAGUGUGCGCAGAGGCAGACGAGCAGAGCGCAUUGCUGCGCGGCGACAAGUAUUGCAGAUCAUUGUGUUAGAGUGCAAUUGAAUCAAUUGGCUUUUGCUGGAGGAGAGGGUGAAAGAAGUUAAUGACGAUGGUGGAGUUUGAGUCUGGACCGAAGUUGGGAUUACCUAAUUGGGACACAUGGAGAAGGAAAAAUGUGGAGGGUUUGUAAUCGAGCGAUCACGGUUUGUUGGCCGUGGGUCGAAAUGGAGUGAAUGCUGUUGUUUUACGGAGUAUUGCUUCAAUUGAUCUACACUCAUUAAUACAGGGUACAGUACUCCGUAGUAUUCACCAAAGAGGUCUAUUCAGUGAGGGAUUGAGUGUUGUAGAGCCAUUACUCAGUUCGUAUUAGAUAGACCACAAGCCUGGUGGGACCGGAAAACUAUUGGUGCUGUACGACGCCUUUUCAGACAAUCUUUUCCAACCAAUUCGACUCAUUCUCCAGCGCAUUUUAUCCAGUACCCGAGUCCACCAUCUCACCUGAGCCCGUCUCAUUUCAGCUAGAAAAUUCACCCAAUCCAUCAUGCCACGCAAGACUCGAACACCCGAGUCUCUCGCUCUCAAUCGCGAGAACCAGCGUCGCUCUCGCGCAAGACAGCGUGAAUUACUCGACGAUCUGCAGAAUCGCGUGCGUGAGUUUGAGCGUCGCGAUGGUCAGGCUACGCUGGAGAUGCAGCGUGUUGCGAGGGCUGUUGCUGGGGAGAAUGCUGCGCUGAGAGGUUUGCUUGCUGCGAAGGGCGUGUCGAUUGAGGAGGUUGAGGCUCAUGUUGAGGCUGUGAGGCACGGGGAGAAGAUGGUUGCGAGAACGGGUGUGGCGACUGUCACGCCCGUUUCGACGCCGUCUUCCAAUGCUUCGCCUGUUGUUAUUGCCUCGAGACCUAUGCCGUGCUCUCAGCCUCAGGGAUGCGCUCCGGUGAGGGAAAAUAGUAACCCUCCGUUUGCGAUUCAGCCCAAGAUGUACUCGCCGCCAACACCUGCUACGACUGCUACGUCUUGCACAGAAGAAUCAGGCUGCUGUCCUAGACCACAGCCUGCAUCGCAGCCACAGCAACAGCCCGGACCCCAGCAACCAAAAUCUCCUGACAAAAUUCACUGUAUGGAAGCCGCUACAAUCCUGGCUCAAAUCAGAGGCCAAUCAGACAUAUCUCAAGCUCGAGCUGUUCUUGGAUGCGCCGAAGGCGAAACCUGCAUGGUCCGCAACACGGAUUUGCUCAAUUUGAUGGACGAGAUGACCUGAUACUAUGUUUCACUACAUAUCCCAAAACUCAGUUCUUCCAGUUCCAUCUAUCAGAAACCCACCGAAGGAGAUACACCAACCCCAAAAGCACCGGAACCUCAAUCAGCGGGCCAACCGUCGCCGCAAGCGCCUGGUCGCUACUCGGUCCGAACGUGGUAAUAGCCACUGCUAUCGCAAGCUCGAAAUUGUUACUCGCCGCAGUAAAGCUCUGCGUUGUAGAGAGAGGGUAUCCGAAACCAGCAUGUCGAGAUACCAGAAGUGUUGCGAAGAAGAUUAUAACGAAGUAGACGAUGAGGGGGGCUGCGACGCGUACUACAGACACGAUCUGAUGGACCACUUGAUGGCCUUGGGAAGCGAAGAGGAUGAGGAUGGUGUAAAGAAGGCCGAUGAGAGACCAGGGGGAGAUGAUGCGCAAAAAGACACGCUCAUACCACUCUGGUCCGGCCAUCUUGCGCAGGGAGAAGCGAGUGAUGAUAGCUGCGCCGAGAGGGAUGCCGAGAAAGACUGCUACACUGGUUGCAACGGUUGAGUACGACACCUCAAGAGAGCCCUCCUCUCCGCUGAUCACCGAGAUAAAGAACACAGACAUUGGCGCGUAUAGAGCCAUCUGCAGUAUCGAGUUGAUGGCCACAAGGAUAGCGCAGUAUUCGGCGUCACCGCCAGCAAGACCGUUCCAGAUUAAUACCAUGGCGAUGCAGCGUGCGAGGCCUACGAGGAUAAGACCGAUGCGAAGUUCGGGCUUGUCUGGGAGGAAGGCCCAUGCCAGGCCGAGCUGUCAUCGUCAGAAUAUUGUAUGUUUGAGGAAAUGGGGCUAUGGGUUACCAUCAAAAAGGGCGCAACUAUCCAGUUGAUGAAAAUGCUAAAGAGAAUUUGCUUCCAGACGUCCCGCUGGGAGAAGAUCUCGUGGAGACUCUCAUAUCGAACUUUGCAGAGGAUGGGAUACAUCAUAACGAGCAGGCCGACAGCUAGCACAUCUGAUAAGUAUACUUGUACCACCGGAUAAGCUGUUUAUAUACCUAUUGGAACAGAAACGCCAACAAACUUGCCCUUCUCAAGAGCCGGUCCAGUCGAAGGGACAAAGUUGCCCAAGAUAAUACCGACUACCAUGGCGAGGAAGAUCCAUACUGCUAGAAAACGGUCGAGCCAGCCAAGGGAUUUGAAAGCCGAGACGUUUUCCUUAUUUUUCGGUUCUUCGGAUGGUUGUAUAUUGCGCUCGGUAUCGUGAGUAGAGGAUUGCUCCUUUGUACGAGGAUCUCGUUCCGACAUGGUGUCUUCGUUUAUGUCUGCCGUCUUCAAACUAUGAUGUUGUAAAGUUUCAGGCUUAAUUUUGCAUUUGAACAAGGGAGAGUGUUAUAAAUUAAUUAAUGAUUCACUGGGCAGCAAUGUCGCAUUUCUUAUUUUCUGGUCCAACCUUUUUGAACAUUUCACACACUCGGCACGGUGCAGUGAACCAAUCACAGAUGGGGCAUGACACAGUCCCUCCGGAGACGGCGCCGGAGGCACGGAGCUUGUCUCGGCGUAGCCACAACGGGAUUUUCUUUAUCUGCCGGAUCAUUAUAGCUGUGAUAAGGCUCAAAUGCCGUUUGUAAGCUUACUAUGCAGAUGCUCACUACAGCUUGGUCAAGCGCAAGACUUUUACCCGAGCGCAUGCUCCCCCCUUCUCAGCAAAUUCGUUCAUGGUCUUCUGGGUGGCUGGUUAGUGGUAUCUGUGAAUCAAUUACUGUUGUCUUGGAUAUUGUGCCGUACAGAGUCGUGCGUUGAAGUUGAAUCGGUAUUGUGUGACUACACGCGGGAACAAUCACGAGCAACGGCGCCGCACAACGGGCCUACCGUUCAACGGUGAUACAAAACGUGGUGUAUGUGCCCGUUGCGUUUUCUCAACGGUAAGAGUCAGUUAUAACAAUGAGGCACCAAUUCAAUGGCGUGUGCAAGAGAGUAAAGUUGCGUUCCAUAUCACACCAUGAUCAAUCAAUCACCUCAUG